GUUCCAAGACAAUCCGUCUUGCGCUACUCCCUCCCCAACCUCUUACUCUCUCUUCUAAAAGAGGGGUGAACACACCCACCACCCCUCCAUCCCCCCUCCGCCCAUUCUUCUUUCGCUUCCCUGCCCACCAUUCCGCCCAAACCUCUCAAGAAGCUUCAAGCCGAGCCCCAGAUGGCCCCGAAGGACAAGGUUGGCUCGUGGCUCGGCAAGGGCAAGGAGCCCUCCAGCAAAGAGGCAUAUGAUUCGGACUCAGCAGAGUCGGAUAUCACAGAGCCCGAUGUUCCGACCAAGAAGGCCGCCUCGUCCUCGUCCUCUUCCAGCAGCUCGGACAGUGACAGUGACAGUGACAGUGACAGCUCGAGCAACUCGGAUAGCGAGGACGAGGCAAAGGAGGGCCGCGAGCGCAAUGUCGACUGGGUGACUGUGAUGCCCAAGGUUCGACCGGCACUCCUUGACCGCAGCGCGAAGCGCCGCGCCGCGUUCAUCGCGCGCUUCCUUUACGUCACUGACGAAUUGCCCGCGCCGACACAGGUGCCUGCGCUGCUGCAAGCGCUCCUCUCGUCUCUGGUCCUUCUCCAGGAUCUGCGCGCCGUGGAGGACGUUGUACGAGUGCUCGCCGAGCUCGUAGAGCGCGACGAGAGGCAACAACAGCCUCAGAAGCUUGGUGAUAAGCUUGUCAAGUGGUCGCGUGCGGAGGUCGACAAGGCUGUCGCCUCACCCUCGUCCUCGACGCCCACUUCGCUCCAGCCGCAACUGAUGUUGCUCCUUACGCUGAUCGCGACGCUGCGCAAGUCUAGAGGAGACGCUUUUGCGACUUCGGCGCAGUGCGCGGACCUCUUCAUCGCCCUCGCGACCGUGCUUGACGCGAUCAGCGAGCGCGCCGCCCUCAUGAAGCGCCGCCCAGAUCGCCUCCUGCGGAAGCUCAAUGUGCGCGUGUGGCGCGUACUUCGGCCGAUGCGCGCAGCCUUCCCCGCCCUCAUUUCGCUCCUCACCACGAAGGUGCCCGUUCCAACGCGCGCUGCCGUGCUGCUCGGUCACAUCGUAAGCGUCGCGCUCCGAGCAAAGCCUGUCAAGGGGCAGCCCGAGGGCCGCACGGUCAUCGAAGGCCAAAAGGAUCCCUUGCUCAACUACUACUCGACUAACAUCCUCAGCACUAAGACCGCGUUGCCUCAGCAUGUUCCUCUGGCACUGCGCGAGUUCCUCGCCAACUUUGUUACUGAGUCCGAUCUGUCGGGCAAGCUUAUUCCCACUGCGGAGCGCAUGAUGCUGCGGUCCCCAGAGAUUGCAUUGACGCUUGUUGCCGACCUCCUUAACUGCUGCGAGAUUGACAUCUCAACUAUCAUCCCGGCCAAGCUUGUCCCUUCCAUCAUUUCCGCGUCCAAGUCGUCGAACGCCGAGACGCGUGCUAAGUCAAUUCUGCUGCUCAAGGCGGUCGUGAAGCGCACCUCGAACCCUGACUCGCUGCUGAAACUCGCGACGGAGCUCCUUGCCCUCCCCAAGGCAGGCAAGUCGGCGAGCGCCGAGCAGCGUGUUGCGCUCUACCAGAUGGUUGCUGCCAUUCCCUCGUCCGCGUCGUCCGUCGUCGUGGACACCAUCCCAUUGCUUGUGGCCAAGGAGGCUAACGAACACGCUCUGAACGCGAUGGCUGUCGCGCUUGGCGCCCAUCUCUCCACAGCGCUUACUUCCGACAAGGCUGUCGCCCCAGCAGCCGCGACCGCGUUGGCUAAGGAGCUCGCUUCGCCUAAGCUGCCAGCAAGAAGAUCCCUUUCCAGUGCCGUCGGCACGGCGGCAUGGUCUGUCCAUGCUGGCGACAAGUUUUCUGCGGAGGGUGAGCGGAUACUUGGCUCUCUGGUGCCUGCUCUAGAGGGCAACCUCAAGACGGCAAGCGCGUGUGCGCCUGCCAACGCUGCUGGCUUCCUCGAGGGGUAUGUCGCUGUUGCACUUGCUCUUGGUCCCCUCAAAACGCUUCCUGCUGCGGCCAAACUUGCCACUGGCGCGCCCAUGCAGGGUGUCCUCACCCUCACCCCCAAGCCUUCGUUCAUCCUCAACGAUAAGGCGUACACCAAACUGUCAACCCUGGAGGACGACACAUGGUUCCUGCGAGCGCUUAAGGUCCUUAUCAUUCGCGGCGAGGGUCUCGCAGAUGAGGCAGUGCGUAUUGCAUUGGGUUUGGGUCUCAUCCACCUCGCUUUCGACUCGAAGCACCCGACGGUCCGCCGCGACACCCUCGCCACCGUCACGGAGCUGGCCAAAGAGCAGCCGCAGGUUACGGCGCAGGUGGUGCGUGAGUCGCUCACCGUUUGGCUCCGCAUGCAUGACGAGGCACGCGCCGCUGCGCUCAAGAAGCGCGAGCCAGGCCAGGACGCCGAGGUAAUCCCCUCUCGCUCUCGACAGAUUGGCGCUCUCCUCGCCGCAUCGGUUGCCAAGUCGGACAAGGCCGACCAGGGCAUACUAGAGGAGAUUACGGCCAACCUUGUCGUGCUCGCUCACCACCCCGAAAUCGGUGAGGGGUCGACUGUGUCGUGGAUCUCGCUUGUGCAAUCGUUGGGCCUGGACCCGGCGACCCUCGUGCAGCUGAAGCACGCAAACAUCCUCACUCAACUCUGGGAGGCCGCCUCUGCGCCCCCGAAGGACAGUCGCUUCGCUGAGGCCGCGUACCGCGCCAUUGCGACGCUGGCGUUCAUCGACCCAGUUGAGUUUGUCGCUGACGUACUCGAGAAAGCAAGAGAGGACCUCGACCCCCACAACCUGGACUUCAUCGGGCUCGAGGAGCGUGGUAUCUGGGCCACGCCCUCAGAUAAGCUAUUCGUGGACGUUCUUUCGCCCAAGAAGGAACAAGUGGAAAACAAGAACCGCAAGAAUUACGACAUUGAGAAGUGGGAGCAAGAGGUCCGCGAACAGCUCGCCAAGAAGAAGGCGACCAAGAUUGCCACCAAUCUGUCGAAGCAGGACAAGGCGCUCGUCGCGCAGCAGCAUAGCAAGGAGAACGCCGUGCGCCAGCAGAUUGCGAGCACCCAAGCCCGUCUCCGUCGCGGCCUUGAGCUCGUCGCGGCCCUUACCGACUCGCCUGUAUCGGCGGUCGAGGCCAAGGUGGGGACCAUUGCCGAUCUUCUUCUCAGCAGCGUGUUUGGCCCUGGCGCGUUCCUUGUCGACCGCCGCGCAUUUGACGUCUUCAUCAAACUGUCCACCCUCUCGGCUCCCCGCCUAGGCGAAUAUCGCCGCAUGGUCGCCGCUGUCCUACUACGCGCUUUCGGCGCACCCUUCAUUCCCGAGGACUACCAGGAGAAGAGUGUGGGGGAGCAGGUUACGCGCGUGCUGCAUCAGAUUCACUUCGCAGCGUCACAAAGCCCUAUCGAUAGCACAACGUACGCGCUCGUGAGUAUGCUGAUGUCGCGCGUUGUCGCCCUCGGUGGCGUUGGCUGCGACUCUCCCCAGAGUGAGCAGGCACAGGAGCAGCUCACGCUUGUCGUGGGUAUCAUCGGCUCAUGUGUUGGCGAGUUCCACGACUCUCGGUACCCUCGCCUGCACACCAUCAAGGACCUCAUUCAGAUCAUCGGCACCUAUACUCGUCUGGCCAAGGAUGCGUCGGCUGUCCUUGCUGAUCUUGGCGCUGCCAUCCAGGACGUCGCCACGCCCGAGGAGAUUACAGCGCUCAUCGGCGGCACCCUUUCGCCUGACUCGGGUGUACGUAACUCGGUGCUUCAAGCGCUCCACCCCGUUGACCUCACCGACCUCAACUACUCUGAGGAGCUUUUCAUCGCAACGCACGAUACGGAUGAAACGAACGCUGGUCUUGCUGAGAACAUCUGGGAGGAAAACGGACUGGACGUUCCCGAGACGUACCUCGACUCUCUCCUCAAGUACCUCGCGCACUCCAGCGGUGCGGUUCGCACUGGUGCCUCGGCCGCCCUCGCCGAUGCUGUGCAACAGUACCCCACGCAAAUUGAUGCGACGGUCGCUGGCCUCCAGAACCUCUACGCAGAGAAGGCUAAGCUUCUCGAGCCAGAGUACGACCGGUUCGGUAUGGUCAUCCCCGAGACUGUCAACCGCCCCGAUCCAUGGGAGGCGCGCGUUGCUAUUGCCUCGACACUCGAGAAGGUGGCUGCAAUGGUGCCUGACUCACAGGUCACGUCUCUCCUGGAUUUCCUCAUCCAGAAAGAGGCCCUCGGUGACCGCCAUGAGGAGGUGCGCAGGACUAUGCUGAGCGCUGCGACUGCCCUCGUCGAUAUCCACGGCGGAAAGGACGUUGCCGGUCUUAUGGCCAUGUUCGAGAAGGAGCUCGCCAAGAGCUCAAAGUCGCAGGCGUCGGACUAUAUCAAGGAGGCAGUGGUCAUUCUCUUCGGUCGACUCGCUGGCCACCUCGACCCCUCCGACGAGCGCAUUCCCAAGGUUGUUGAGCGUCUAGUUGAGGCGCUCAACACGCCGUCGGAGCUCGUUCAGUCUGCCGUCGCCGACUGUCUCCCCGCCCUUGUGCAAGGCAUGUCGUCCGAGGAGACGGAGUAUCUCGUCGACCGCCUGUUCUCGACGCUCACUACCGGUUCCAAGUACGCGGCCCGACGUGGUGCCGCUUAUGGCGUCGCUGGUGUUGUCAAGGGUCGCGGUCUGCGCUCUCUUAAGGAGUACGACCUCAUGGACAAGCUCAAGGAAGCUGCCGAGGACAAGGACGCCUUUGAGUCCCGCGAGGGUGCACUUCUGGCCUUUGAGACGCUCUCGGCCACACUCGGCCGCAUCUUCGAGCCCUACAUCGUUCAGAUCAUCCCUCUUAUGCUCACGCUGUUCGGAGACACCAACAAGUAUGUGCGAGAGGCGACGCAGUACGCCGCCAAGGUAAUCAUGUCCCGCAUCUCAGGCCACUGUGUCAAGCUCAUCCUUCCCACUCUGCUUGAGGGUCUCGAGGAGAAGCAGUGGCGUACCAAGAAGGGCUCGAUCGAAUUGCUCGGCUCCAUGGCCUUCUGUGCUCCCCGCCAGCUUUCGCUGUCGCUCCCUACCAUCAUCCCCCACCUCACCGGUGUCAUCAAUGACUCGCACGCGCAGGUCAAGUCGGCUGCCAACGCGGCACUCAACGGCUUCGGUGAGGUUCUUCAGAACCCCGAAAUCAAGGGCAUUCAGAAGAAGCUCAUGAACGCCCUUGCCGACCCCACGGCCAAGACGAACAGCGCGCUCGGCUACCUACUCAAGACGACGUUUGAGCAUUACCUCGAUGCACCGUCUCUUGCUCUUGUGAUGCCCAUCAUCGACCGUGGUCUCAAGCAGCGCAGCUCGGAGACCAAGCGCAAGUCGGUCCAAAUUGUCGGCAACAUGGCCUCCCUCACCGAGGUGCGCGAUCUCGUUCCAUACUUGGCCGAGCUCAUGCCUCUGGUUCACGAUGUUCUGGUUGACCCCGUCCCCGAGGCGCGUGCCACGGCCGCCAAGUCGCUCGGCACCCUCGUCGAGCGUCUCGGUGAGGCCAACUUCCCCGAUCUCGUCGAUCGCCUCCUAGGCAUGCUCCGCACAGAUUCAAGCGGUGUCGACCGCCAGGGUGCUGCGCAGGGCCUCUCCGAGGUUCUGUCCGGUCUCGGCAUGGACCGCCUUGAAGCUCUCCUCCCAGAGAUCAUAGCGAGCACUGCCAGCCCGCGCGCAUAUGUGCGUGAAGGUUUCAUCUCGCUGCUCAUUUACCUCCCAGCGACAUUCGGCCACCGCUUCUCGCCCCACCUUGGACGCGUCAUCCAGCCAAUCCUUAACGGUCUCGCAGAUGACUCCGAGUAUGUGCGCGAGGCUUCGAUGCGCGCUGGUAAGAUGAUCAUCUCAAACUACUCCAACAAGGCCGUCGAGCUCCUGCUCCCCGAGCUCGAGAAGGGUAUGCUCGACAGCUCAUGGCGCAUCCGCCAGUCAUCUAUCUCGCUCACCGGCGAGCUGCUCUACCGCGUCACCGGUAUCAGCGGCAAGGUCGAGCUGGAGGAGGACGAGACUGCUGCGCGUGCCGCCGACCAAACCCGCACCGCACUCACCGAGGCUCUCGGCCAAGAGCGCCGUGACCGGGUCCUCGCUACCCUUUACAUUGUGCGCCAAGACAACGUCAGCAGCGUCCGUCAGUCAUCGAUCCACAUCUGGAAGGCGCUUGUUCACAACACCCCUCGCACUACGCGCGAGAUUUUGCCCGUCCUCAUGCAGCUUCUCGUAUCGCUCCUCGGUUCCGAGACCGUCGAGCAGCAGGAGACCGCGUCGCGCACCAUCGGCGAGCUGUGCCGCAAGAACGGCGAGCGCAUUGUCGGUGAGAUCGUGCCGAUUCUCAAGAAGGCCAUCACCUCGACUGACCCGCGCACCAAGGAGGGCGCGUGUCUCGCGUUCUCAGACGUCAUGGUGUCAGCCUCCAAGGAUGCCAUCGAGACUCACGAGGAGGUCAUUAUCGCCUCCGUCCGCGACGCCCUUGUGGAUCCCUCGCCUGACGUCCGAGCCGCCGCUGCCCGCACUUUCGACACUAUGCAGCACUUCAUGGGCGCUAAGGCCGUCGACCAGACCAUUCCUACGCUUCUCGAGGCCAUGCGCAACCCGGGCGAGAGCUCCGAGACUGCGCUUCAGGCGCUCCAGGAGGUCAUGAGCGUGCGCGCCAACAGCGUGUUCCCUGUGCUCCUGCCCACCCUUACGGCCCAGCCCAUCUCUGCUUUCAACGCUCGCGCCAUCAGUGCGCUUGUGCGUGUUGCCGGCACCGCUCUCAACCGCCGCAUCGACUCGCUCCUGGGUUCGUUGGUCAAGUCGCUCGAAGCCAACCCUGAGGAGGAUGUGCGCGAAGAACUUAACGAGGCCGUUGAGUCACUCGUUUCCUCGGUCACCGAUGCGGACGGCGUGCACCUCCUCGAGAUGCUACUCAUCGGCUGGGCCAAGGACGCCAACGCUGUUCGCCGCGCCACAGCCUGCAACAUCUUUGGCACCAUGUGUCAGGUCAGCGACGCCGACACCGAGGAAUACCGCGUCGACUGGGUGCGCAUCCUCGUGUCAUUGUUCGAUGAUCCUGUGGAGGAGGUCGUUACCGCGGCAUGGGAGGCGCUCGAGCACUUCGUUAAGACAAUUGACAAGAGCGAGCUCGAGGACCUCGUGGUCCCUCUUCGGCGCGCCAUCGAGGGCACUGGCGCGCCUGGACGCACCGUUCCCGGCUUCUCGCGUCCCAAGGGUGCGCAGUCGAUCGUGCCUAUCCUCCUGGCAGGUGUGCUCAGUGGCACGCAGGAGCAGCGCGAGCAGGCCGCAUUUGGUAUUGGAGACCUUGUGCAGCGUACGACCGAGGCGGCUAUCAAGCCCUAUAUCAUUCAGCUCACUGGUCCCCUUAUUCGUGUCAUCUCCGGGCAGUCGAUUGCACCACAGAUCAAGGGGGCCAUCCUGCAAACUCUUACUGUUCUGCUCGAGGAGGUGCCGCAGCUUGUGCGCCCCUUCCAUCCGCAGCUCACGCGCACGUUCGUCAAAUCCGCAUCCGACCCCGUCUCAUUGGCGGUGCGCAACCGCGCGGCGACGGGUCUCGGCGAGCUGAUGAAGCACCAGCCGCGCGUGGACCCCUUGAUCACCGAGCUUAUUGGCGGUGUUCGCGGGGCGGAGAAGGAGAUCGCGCCAUCUGUGAUGCUGGCGCUCGGUGCUGUGUGUGCUAGUGCUGGCAAAAACAUCAGCGCCCCUGCUAAGAGCUCGAUUAUCGAGCUCGUGGAGGAGGCAUUUGCCGACUCCCGCGGCGAGUCGUUCAACAAGGCGGUCGGGUCGGUCAUCGCUGGUCUGGCGGUGCACGAUGUUGAGUCGAUUCGACCGUUGGUGGACGCUUUCCUCGCCGCACCCACGCCACCAACGCCGCUGAUGAGCGUCGCGAUUCUCGCUGUCCUCGAGCGCGCGCCUGAAGCCUUCCUCGAGCUCGGUGGCGAGGUUCCCGAGGACAUUGUGCGCAAGAUCAAUGCUAGUAUUGGUGGCGACGGCGCGAUUGCACGACCAGCGCGCGAGGCGCGCGAGAUCAUCCGAGGCAACGAGGGGUGGAUGAGCGAGCCAGAGGUUGCUGCGCUGCUCAAGUAGGCAUAGUGUUGUAGAUUGCAUGCAUGGGAUCUAAUUUG